AUGAACAGUUACCAUGAGUUUAAGAAUAGCUCCCAAAUGAGAGAAGCUAAUAGUAGCAACAAUCAUUCAAGUACCACGUACACCCAAACAGAACAGGAUAUUGGAGUAAACACUCAUUCAACCACCACGUACAAUCAAACUGAACCAGUUGAGAGCAACAUUUCAGUCACCGAAGCUACUGAGGAGACAUGCUCUACUGCUGAAAAGGGAAACUAUUUUAGUGGUUUGCUUCCUGCUGUAGAUCUUCCUCCAGUUCCUAUAGGACUACCAGCUUCGACUGCAGGAAACAAUGAUAUUCGUGUGAAUCAGUAUUUCAAGAGUAAAGAAGAGUUAAUGCAGAAGAUGAGGAAUGUGUAUAAUUACCUAUCUUGUCCACCAAACACGAAGCUAAGCAGUGGAAGGCCACCAAAGAAGAGGAAGAGAGCUGCAGGAGAAUUUGGGGUCCCUAAUUCUAAAUCCCAAGGACACAAGUGCAGCAGAUGUGGAACAGGAGGACACAACAAGACCACAUGCAGGAAUCAGAUAUGA